AUGCAGCGGCCUGGGGAGCCGGGCGCCGCGCGCUUCGGGCCGCCCGAGGGCUGCGCCGACCCCCCGCCGCACCGCUACCGCAGCUUCAUGAUCGAGGAGAUCCUCACCGAGCCGCCGGGGCCCAAGGGCGCCGCGCCAGCCGCCGCCGCCGCCGCCGCCGCGGGCGAGCUGCUCAAGUUCGGUGUGCAGGCGCUGCUGGCGGCGCGGCCCUUCCACAGCCACCUGGCCGUGUUGAAGGCCGAGCAGGCAGCGGUGUUUAAGUUCCCGCUGGCACCGCUCGGCUGCUCCGGGCUGGGCUCUGCGUUGCUGGCAGCGGGGCCUGGACUGCCCGGUGCCCCCAGCGCACCGCACCUGCCGCUUGAGCUGCAGCUCCGGGGGAAGUUGGAGACACCGGGCCCCGGAGAGCCGGGUGCCAAAGCCAAGAAGGGGCGUCGGAGCCGCACCGUGUUCACUGAGCUCCAGCUGAUGGGCCUAGAGAAACGCUUUGAGAAGCAGAAAUACCUCUCCACGCCCGACAGAAUAGAUCUCGCGGAAUCCCUGGGUCUGAGCCAGUUGCAGGUGAAGACGUGGUACCAGAAUCGCAGGAUGAAGUGGAAGAAAAUAGUGCUGCAGGGCGGCGGCCUGGAGUCUCCCACCAAGCCCAAGGGGCGGCCCAAGAAGAAUUCCAUUCCCACGAGCGAGCAGCUCACGGAGCAGGAGCGCGCCAAGGAGGCGGAGAAGCCGGCGGAGGCGCCCGGCGACACCAUCGACAGGAGCCGAGAGGACUGAGCGCGCCCCGCGCCGCCGAGGCCCCUCCGCCCGCUGGAAGCCGAGAGCGGCCCUUCCGCGGCCACGCCGUUUGCUUUCUAAACGUUUUGUUAUUACCUUGAAUGCGGACAGUUGGGGCCAAGCAAGAAAGGACACAGAGCCUGCAGCCAAGCCCGGCCCCCGUGCGCUCCCAGCCCCGGCCUGGAGACUGGCGUCCGGCACCCGGGCCUGGAGCUCCGCGCACUCACGCCCGCACCUCUCCCGCACCCCCACCCGCCUCAGCCGGCCCUCCGCGUCCCGACGUCGCCGGCGCGCACCUGCUCCCGCCUGUCGGGGCCCCCGAGGCUGGCGCGGACCCGCCCGCCGGGACAGAUCCCACCCCGAGGCCGGGUCCCCGACAUCCGUCGCUGGGGCUUCUACCCCUCUCUUGCGAAGACAGUGAUUUUUUUUUCCAAUAAAAUAUUUUAUGACACA